UUUGCGUUGCACCUGAGUGCCCAAAUGUUGGAUUGCAUGACAAGUUGUGCCUAAAUGCACAAGAUGGAAAUGGGUGGUUGUUUGUCUUCUCAAAUGGAACCAUAUGAAAACCACCGGACUAAAUGUUUCCUCUGUUUUCAAUAAUAAAUGAAGAAAAGAAAAGAAACAGAUGGAUUCAGUCGAGAAAAGUGCUUCUUCUUUUUCUCCUCCUGUCUCUCUUUCUCUAGAGUCUAGUGGGUACCACGAAAUCACGAGAUAUCCUUGAAUCCUUGAGCUUAUAUUCAUUCAUCGCCACUUCAUUUCUAUAUAUAAAACAAUCAGUUGAAAGCAGUUAUUUUCAGGGUAUUUACAAUAUCAUUAACCUUGCUCUGUUUUUUUUUCCGUUAGGAAUUUUCAUGGAUUCCUUUGUUAUUUUCAUCCAAAACCCAUUUAUGUUUCAUCUUUCCCUGCAAAACCCAUGGUUUAAACAAUUAAAAUAAUAACCUCUGUUAUCCUUUCUUCUGAUCAUAUCUCUGUUUUCAUCAUAAAACCAAACAAAGAAUCAAAAACCCAUUUUCCCAAUUACAUAACCUAUGUUUUCAAAUCAGCUUUUCCUCUUUCUAGAAAUAAUUCAGUCAUUAGUUUUUCAAGAACAUACUAUAAUAUAUUUCUGGUUGUCUUAGUUGAACAACAACACUUUUCCUUGUCUUUUUCUUUGUAUAAAAACAAUGGUGAAGUGUUUUUUCUUUAGAGCACUAGUUUGCUUUAGGAAAGGGAAGAAGAAAUCAAUAUCUCUUCCUUCAACAUCAAAGAAUCCAGCCUCUGAAAUGGAGAAUAUGGAGAAAAGAAGAUUUGAUAGUUUGGAAUCAUGGUCAAUGUUACUUGAUUCUGAAACUGUGGAUACUUGGGAGGCAUCACAUUAUGAAGAUGAUGAUAAUGAGGAUCAAGGUAAAGAAGAAUGGACAGCUGAUCUUUCUCAAUUGUUUAUCGGUAACAAGUUCGCUUCUGGAGCUCAUAGUAGGAUUUACCGUGGGAUUUACAAGCAAAGAGCAGUUGCAGUCAAAAUGGUGAGAGUUCCCAACCAAGAUGAAGAAACCCGUGACUUACUUGAGAAACAAUUCACGUCUGAAGUUGCUCUGCUUUCACGCCUUCUUCAUCCCAAUAUUGUUCAGUUCAUUGCAGCGUGUAAAAAGCCUCCAGUGUACUGCAUUAUCACUGAAUACAUGUCACAAGGAACUCUGAGGAUGUACUUAAACAAGAAACACCCUUACUCGCUCUCAACUGAAACAAUUCUGCGGUUAGCACUUGAUAUUUCUCGAGGUAUGCAGUAUCUUCACUCACAAGGGGUGAUGCACAGAGAUCUCAAAUCAAAUAAUUUGCUACUGAAUGACGAGAUGCGAGUUAAAGUGGCAGAUUUUGGUACCUCUUGUCUUGAAACACAGUGUAGAGCAUCAAAAGGCAACAUGGGAACUUACCGCUGGAUGGCACCGGAGAUGAUCAAGGAGAAACCUUAUACCAAAAAGGUUGAUGUCUAUAGCUUCGGUAUCGUUCUUUGGGAGCUCACGACAGCACUGCUCCCAUUUCAAGGGAUGACGCCUGUUCAGGCUGCAUUUGCUGUUGCAGAAAAGACAUUUCGGCUUGUUAGUUAUCAGUGCCAAUUUGCCUUGAAUCUGGUAUGGAAAGAUGUAUGCCAAAGGUUGUUCUUUUUCCCAUCUUUUGUUUCCCAGAAAGCGAGACCGCCAUUGCCAGCUAAUUGUCAGCCUGCGCUUGCAAAUCUAAUUAAACGAUGUUGGGCUUCAAAUCCAUCAAAGAGACCUGAUUUCACCUACAUUGUAUCUGUCUUGGAGAACUACGAUGCGUGUGUUAAGGAUGGACUUCCUCUUCCGUCUCAUUCAUCAGGCCAGAACGUGAUCUUAGACCGCUUCAAGGACUGCAUUUCAGUGAACUCAUCUGUACCUGUACAUGCAUGAUUGCACAAUGUAGAGUAUGUGGGUCUUUCGGAGGUAAAUGGUGAUGUUGGUAUGUUAUAUAAAUUUGUAAAUAACUUAGGCAAUCUGUUAAUAUCUAAUCUCUAACUAGUUGUACGCUACGAAUAUGUCGUGUACAUAUAUAAAUCAGUAAGCCGUGGCAACAGACAAACCAACCAAUCCAAUUUAGGAUGUUCUUACAAGAAUUUUAUCAUUGAGAAGAGGAGUUCUGUUGGCAUAAGGGGACUACCCCGACCAUACACACGACACCAAGUUGACACGAGCAUACUUGGCCAGUUGGUCAACUUGAUUAUGUUAAUUUAGGCAGUAGAGUUAGCACCGUCUUUUUCAGCAUAUCUAGAUUUUGUGGUUGUACUCAUUUUAGUCCUGGACAAACUCUUGGUUUUCACGAGUGCUACUAUAUCCUAAGUAUUCUCAUAGAACUGAACAUGUUUCUCAUUCAUAUAGGUGAUCUGCUACCGUUAUGAGUACCUUGUAUUACUCCACUUAUCUCUUACUAUAGGAAUCAUUGGAAGUUCAUUUCUCAAAUAUGUUAGUCCACCUUAGGCUAAGCAUUAUGGCAGUGCAUUUUGCUUGGCUAUAGCCCAUUAUGGUCCAUCGGUUAGCUAUAAUGUGGCCAAAACUUUUGACUUGGCUUAAGAGGUCAACCAUGCCUUCCCACUUUGAGUUUGGCCAAAAUCAUUGUAGUGGAUACUUGGAGCAUCCUGAUUUCGUUCGCGGAAACUAUUCUCAAUGGCUUGGACUAAUGUGCUUCAUGGCAUGCUCUAGAUAUUGGAAAGGACUUGAUUUCAGGAUCCCUGCUAGUUCAGAACGAUUUUAACUAUGAAUGAAGUUGGAGACGGUUAACUCUCCACAAUUGGACUUUUAAGAUGCCGUCUAUGAAUAAAAUUAACAAUUCCGCCAACUUGCUUCAGUCUUCUAAUUCAUAGCUUUGAUCCUCACCGGAAGUCGU